ACUUCCAAGGUGAGUUGGAUUCAGUCCACGGUGAUGGGUUAAACCUCAAGGUUCAACAGGCUGCUUCGGUAAGUGUUGAAAACUGACCUUUCCAUGUCACUGGAUGUCCUGAUUAGUUAGACUAUGGCCUAUCGAAGGGAAGAUGGCUGUGAAACGCAUUUAUAAUAACAAUAUAACUCAUUAUCUAUGUUAGUCAAUGUUUAUUCAUAAAUCUGGUCCUUCACCGUCACAUGUGUAUUGUAUUUUUGCCCAACUAACCAAUAGCAAUGUUUUAGGAAAGUUACCUAUCUGUGACUUGAACAAUAGGCAAUAAAUUGGAAAUUGCUAUUGCUGGAUUUCGCAAAAAUACAAGACACGUGUGACGGUGAAAGACCAGAUUUAUGAAUAAACAUUAACCAACAUAGAUAAUGGCCAUCUUCCCUUUGAUAGGCUAUGGGUAGACAUUGAAACUGUACACCAAUGUCACAGCUGUCAUGGUGUCAUGAGUAAUUUUAUUUUUGAUGUUUUUGUUGUAUUUUGUACUAGAUAAAUUGAUAAUUUAAACAUGAGCAGCCGAUCUGUAUCUGAUAUACAAACUCGAGCCGAAGGCGAGAGUUUGCAUAUGAGAUACAGAUCGGAUGCGAAUGUUUUAUCGUACUUAAAAAAUGACCCAUCAUAUCAGUUCAUAGGUGAAGUAAUUUUAAAAAUAAACAUUGUCUAAGCCGAGAAAAUCAAAGCUGAAGUUUAUGUAAAUCAGGACAAAUCUUUAUCCGAUUUACAAACAUUGAUUAAACAUUAAUUUCUUUUGUAUUUUCCUUGUGAAUUAUUAAUGAAUUUUUUAACUAUUAAUAUCUGUCGUCACCAUACUUACCCGUGUGGAUGGUUAGGUGCAGACGUGGUCAGCUAAUGAUCUCCGGAUUUGAGUUACUUGGAUUCAGGUCCGAAUCACGUGGACCUGUCCAUUCAGGACCUGACCACCGAACGUCUGCACCUUAUCACACCGAACUUAGUUCGAUGGAAAUUAAAUUGAAAAUCAAUUGUAGUCAUGAAAAAAAAAAAAUUGCUUCUUCUCUGAGCACAUAACCAUUGCAGUUGGCUACGAAUUAGCUAAUGACCUGAGAGUCUGCUUGGCACUCUCUACAUCUGAUAUCCUGAGGGCACAUGUCGUACCCAGACUGCGCGCGGCUCCUAUGAUAUUAACCUUGGUUACUAUGUAACCUCAUUUAACAUUAAUUUCUUAUAGGAGCUGGAGAAAUUACUUUUUGAUGUGGACAAUCCCGAAGUUGAGAGUAUCUACAAAUCAAUGUGUAAGUUCAUUUUUGCUACUUAAAAAAGUUGACCUUGUGACUAGACAGCAUUCCUGAUCAGGUAUUGAUGUUGAACGUAUGUCCAUACAAUUAUAUGCUAUUUAUUCACAAGCCUCUUCAAAAAUCUUUUCCAGUGGGACCAGAUCAGUCUGGCAAGAAGAUGCAGGGUUUUGGUUACACAGCAGCCAAAGAAAUAAGUAUGUACAUUGUAUUAGUACUCUAAGAGUAUUAUUGCGUUUGGAAUUGCAACAGAAAAUGAUCACAAAGAGGUCAGCUAGAAGUUCUACUUUCCAGGGGUGGAUCCAACCAGAUCUUUUAGGCGGAUGUUUUGGACAUGGUUCAUGAUGUGGCUUUUCAUCAUGUGAAGUGCAUAAUCACUACAGGGAGCUAUGGCAGCAAUAAUAAUAAUACCAAUUAUUUAUAUAGCGCCAAUUCCCUAAAGUCCAUUAGCGCUUUACAAGAUAUGUAACCGAACUAAGAGAAGAUCUUACAAAGUAACUAAUUAAAAACUAUGCUAAAAAGAUGUGUCUUAAGAAGUUUCUUAAAAAUUUCAAUAUUAUGACAGUUCCGUAUUCUGUCUGGUAAUGCAUUCCACAAUGUUGGAGCUGAAACAGAAAACGCUCUAAAACCAUAUGUACGUAGAUUAAAAUUAGUUGUAUCAACAAGGUUCUUUGAGGAUGAUCUUAACGUUCUUUUUGGUUCAUAUGGUUUAACUAAUUCUUUUAAAUACAAUGGUGCCAUGUCAUGCAAACACUUGAAAGUUAAGAGAAUAAUUUUAAAAUUGAUUCGUUGUUCCACAGGCAACCAAUGCAAUUCCCUCAAAAUUGGUGAGAUAUGAUCAUAUCGUUUAGAUAAGUUUACCAAUCUAGCCGCUGAAUUUUGCACACUUUGAAGUUUUUGGAUUAGCCGCUUAGGUAGUCCAUAGUAAGAAGAGUUACCAUAGUCAAGCCGUGAUGUUAUAAAUGCAUGAACUAGAGUUGUAGCUGCUGACUUCGACAAGUAUUUCCUUAUCCUUCCAAUGUUUCGUAGAUGCUAGAAUCCUGACUUGCAUACUUCUGUAAUAUGUUGCUCCAUGGACAUACCACAAUCGAAAAGCAUACCAAUAUUUCGAACAUAGUUCGACGGUGUGACUACCUCACUACACACCGAAACCGAAAAAAUAGGUGGUUGAGGAAGGUGUCGAGCACUGAGAACUAACAGCUCAGUUUUGUCUCUGUUCAUUUUUAACAUAUUUGACGUCAUCCAUGCAUCAAUGUCAGACACACAUGCUUCAAUCUUGGAUUUUGCUAGAUCAAGUUGACCAUCCACUGAUGAUUUAAAAACUAUAUAUAAUUGGGUGUCAUCUGCAUACAGGUGAAAGUCAAUACCAUGUUGUCGAAUGAUGUCAGCCAGAGAGGACGUAUAAAGCACAAACAACAUGGGUCCCAAAACUGACCCCUGCGGAACACCAUAUUUCAAGUCAUAACAAUUUGAGGUUUGUCCUUCCACCUUAACAAACUGUGUGCGAUCAGAUAGAUAUGAUGAAAACCAUUCCAAGACUUUACCGUUGAAACCAAACCUUUUUUCCAAUUGGGAAAGUAAUAUUUGAUGAUCAAUCGUGUCAAAGGCAGCCGACAAAUCCAAUAACAAAAGUAUUACCGAUGACCGAUUGUCUAAUGCCAGGAGAAUAUCAUUUUGAACUUUAACUGAAGCAGUUUCAGUGCUAUGAUACUUUUUAUAGGCUGAUUGAUACACUUCAUACAAGUUAUUAUCCCUAAUAUAAGUAUCAACUUGGGACGCAACAACUUUUUCAACAGCCUUUGACAAAAAUUUCAAAUUGGAAAUUGGUCGACAGCUUGAGAAUUCUUCAUGAUCCAGAGACGGUUUCUUCAUAGAUGGUAGCAGAAGUGCCAUUUUCAAACUGGGUGGGACCAAUGCAUGAUGCAGAGAAAGAUUAACAAUGUCUGUUAUCACAGGAAGUAAUAGAUGGCCACACUUUUUAAAAAUAGAAGCUGGUAUAGGAUCCAGUUGACAUGAUUUACUUGACAUUUUAUCAAUUAAUUUCCCAAGAUUUUCAGAUGUUACAGGGGUAAAGGUGGAUAGCUCAGCCUGUAUUGGGUAUGUCUUGUCAUAAUCGAAAUUCAUAGAUGUUUCAGACAGCAAUGUUGAUCUUAUAUUUGUAAUCUUGGUACAAAAGAAAUUCGCAAAAUCAUUUGCCAAAUUACCAGAAACACCAGAUGAAGGAUAAAGCUUUUCCGCUUUUUUAUGAAUCAUCUUGUCUACAGUACUAAAGAGAUUUCGUUGAUCAGGUCCCAAACUAUCAAUCAAAUCACCAUAAAAAGACAUUUUCGAAUGAAACAUCAAAUCAUUGACUUUCAUACAUUGCUUAACAUACAGAUCUCUGUCGGUCGCCAUAUUAGAAGAACGCCAACGCCUUUCAAGUCUCCUUUUAAUAAUUCUUUGUGCAUUAUUACAGCAAGGCACUAGUCUGUAGUCUCCCUCCUUGCACCCCUCUCCCCGCCCCCACAACCUCUCCCCCUGCCCUUGCACACCUUCCCCCUUGCACACUCCUUUGCACACACACUAAACUUAAACUCAGAAGCAAACAUUUCGAUGACAGUGUCUUUUUCUUUUCAGAAAAAGAGGCAUCAUUUAUGGACACUCUAAUGAAAGUGAAAAAAUCUAGCUCAGAAAUAUUCAACAAGAAUAAAUCCCCACAAAACGUUCCUUUCAAUGAAUACGAACAAACAUCAGCCACACCAGAAGCACAGUACACUCCAGUCGAUAUAGAGGACAGUGGGGUUCAUCCAUCAAGUAAGUAAACCCUAUUAAACUAAACUCUGGAUUUUUUAUACUCAAUACCACCAGCACAAAAGCUAUUAGUUUUAAAUUGUUUUCUCUGGAGCUGUUUAAAAUACUGGUGAUGAUGGUGGUGAUGAUGAUGAUGGUGGUGAUGAUGAUGGUGGUGGUGGUGGUGAUGAUGGUGGUGAUGAUGAUGGUGGUGGUGGUGAUGAUGAUGGUGAUGGUGGUGGUGGUGAUGAUGAUGGUGGUGAUGAUGAUGGUGGUGGUGAUGAUGAUGGUGGUGGUGAUGAUGAUGGUGAUGAUGAUGAUGGUGGUGAU